AAUUCUAAUCGGGUUCGGUGUUCACACAGCAGAUGGGGGAUGACAGUUUAUUACGACGAAGUUAACAGAGAUUAGUAAAUAAUUAUCAACUGACAGAAAAGGAAGCAUGGGAUCCAAGAGUCUGACAGCCAACCUGACAGACGUAGGGACCUACUCCUUGUCUGCCCUGUGUGCCGUCUCACUGAACCAUCUGUUCAGUGAAGAACGAGAGAGUCCAUUCAAGAAGAAGACUUUGGAGUUGAUCCUGAAGCAUCUCAGUCUGUCCCAUCAGGCCACAGAGUCCAUCAUAGCGAUGAUGGAGAACGACUGCUGCGAUGAUCCGCGAGCAUUUGCCGACGCACUGCUGGAAGAAGCUUGCUUAGAGAAAAACGGAUUACCAGUGGUGACGGACUUAGUGACCCUGGCAGUGAGUGAUGGAAAGUACGAUGCCAGGACGAGAACUUUGAUAAAAUAUGUUGCUUGGCAACUAAGAAUUAGUUGGGAUCAAGUUGAAGAAAUUGAAUCCAUGUUAGCAGAAUCCCUUGAGGCACGGGAAUAUCAGCUGUCAGAAGAGGAAGAAAAAGAAAAGAAAAAGAUUUCAAGAAACAAGAAGAUAAAACGAUUUGCAUUAAUUGGUCUGGCCACUGUCGGAGGCGGAACUUUGAUUGGGUUGACAGGUGGCUUGGCGGCCCCUUUAGUGGCAGCUGGUGCUGCUUCUAUCAUUGGUGGUGCUGGAGCAGCAGCCUUAGGGUCCACAGCUGGGGUGGCCAUCAUUGGAUCCUUGUUCGGGGUAGCAGGGGCAGGAUUAGGGGGUUUCAAGAUGAAGAAGCGGGUGGGGGCAGUGGAGGAGUUUGAGUUUGAGCCCCUGGUGGUGGUCGGUAAGCAGCUCCAUGUUACCGUUGCCAUCACCGGCUGGCUCUCUAAGGAAAUGCCAGACUUUAAGAUGCCUUGGCAGUCACUUGCUGAGUCUCGGGAGCAGUACAGUUUACGCUGGGAGACCAAGUACCUGAUGGAACUGGGAGAGGCCUUUGAUUACAUUCUUAAUGGAGCCAUUUCCAUGGCAACCCAGGAGGCACUCAAAUACACCAUCAUUUCUGGUCUGAUUGCGGCCAUUGCCUGGCCCUCAGCCCUCGUCUCAGCAGCCAAUGUACUGGAUAAUCCUUGGAACGUCUGCACACAGAGAGCCACAUCCACUGGGAAAGAACUUGCUGAAGUCCUGCUGUCAAGGCAACAGGGAAAUCGUCCAAUCACGUUAAUUGGAUACAGUCUUGGUGCUCGAGUCAUCUUCUCUUGCUUGGAAGAAAUGGUCAAGAGGAAAGGCUGUGAGGGUAUCAUAGAGGACGUGGUAUUACUGGGGGCACCUGUCUCAGGGAGUGUCAAACACUGGGAGAAGCUGAGUCAUGUGGUGGCUGGUCGCAUCAUCAAUGGAUACUGCAGAGGGGAUUGGCUGCUCAAGUUCCUAUUCAGAACCGCCAAUGUCCACUUUACAAAUGUUGCAGGGUUAGGGCCAGUCAAGUGGGACAACCGCCGCAUGCACAACAUAGACCUCAGUGAUGUGGUUUCUGGUCACAGAGACUACCUGAAGCAGCUGCCCACCAUUUUGAAGGUCGUCGGGAUACGGACCAAGCCAGAUGUGGUGGUUACCAAGAUUCCUCCCCACAAACUGUUCCCCAAGACUGACAGCUGUGAGAGCUUCACCAGCAGUGAGGAGGAGGGGGAAACCCAGGGGGAAACUCAGGAUAAGGGGGCACACAAAGGGGGAAAUGGAAAAUCUAGCAAAGGUCACCAUGAAUCCAGGAGGAAGAAGAAGGAGAAAGACAGAGAUAGUGAUAAACCAAAGGCGGAAGAUAGUCACCAAGAUAAAAACAAAGAGGAGAGCACUGAGAGUCCCACAGAGGAGAAUGGGGCUAAAACAGGGGGCAUCCAGGAGGCAAACUGUGAUACUAUGGUAAACGGGGACAAAGUAAAUGGUCAAGGAAUCACAGAGGAUUCCUCAAUGCAAAAUCGGGAGGGAGGGGGUAAUGACAUAGGCAUUAAUGCUGAAUCUGAGGAAAAACCAAUACCCAACAGUAACUGUGAUGAAAACGGCAGUAAACAGGAAGACAGCAGUAGUGUGUCAAAGGGAGAUAAAUCAUCAGAUAUGGAGGACACAGGACAUAGCGAAAUCACUUCAGAGGCAAACAAACUGUCCCUCAAAGAUACAUGAAGACAACAGACCAUAAGCGAUCAAUAAAAAGACGCAUUAAUUACAAAAAAUAUAAUUCUUGCCUUGAAUGCCUAAUAUAUGUACCAGAUAAUGGAUUUUAUUGGUGCCAAAAUAUUUGAAGCUUUCAUUUUUAACAUAUUUCCCCAAAAAACUCAGAAACAAUAACCUGACCCCCGAGAAAUACUGUGAAGAUUCUAUUCUUAUUAUAUUAUUAAGAAAUGAAUGCACCUGUAAAAUUAAACUUUUUUAAACUGGAUAUUUUUUGUACAUGCAUGAUUUAUUUUAUUUUUAAACAUUAUAUUAACUCUAAAUUAUUCUCAAUUACUGUUACCUGGUGCAUGCAGAAUGUGCAAUUAUAAAGGUGCUACCUAUGGGUAUGACACAAAUUUUACAGACUUUAUAUAUUUUACAUUUUUUUAUUUCAUGCUUUUUUGCUUCUUAUUUUUUUUUUUAAUUUAUUCAUCAAUUCAUUCUUGGUGAAAGUCUAUUUUCAAAGGUCAGGUAAAUAAAAACUUUUUGAAUCACAUUCUAAAUUAAUACUGUAUACAGGGAAAUAUUCACCCCCGUUUUGUUUUCAACCUUUUUCAUCCUUGUUGUCAGCUAGCAAAUUUAAGACAGGGCAAAUUCCAAUGUCUCAAAUGAUUUCUAAAAACACAGCUGUGUCUAGGCGAAUUCAAGAUGGGGUUAAACUGUUUGCAAGUGUAGAAGGGUGAAAAUUACAUGAGACAAAAAUAACCCUGUAUGCAUGCAGUAACCAUGCACUUUUUGUACUACGGUUGCAUUGAGAUAGUAUAUGUUGAACACCAGUUUUCAUGGAAUUUGUUGUUGAGUUAAUCAAACGAAGUACUUGUUCAUAGAAAGAAGAUUAUAAUUAAGCAACAAAUUGAUACAACCAUUGUCCAUGAAUUCACAUAGCUCCAAAAACUGUAAAUUUUACAAUAUCCACAAAACUGAUUUCCAUGAAUUUAAAUGAAAGCAGAGUAUUCAAAUUUAUAUAUCAAGUCAGUGACUUAUAGAUAUGUUUUCUUUUUACAUUGUUUAUAAAGUGUAAAAGUAUUUCACUCAGCUAUGUGUUCUAUUUAGCUAGAGCUUACACUAAAUCAAGUACAUGUACUAUUCUAAAUGCCAAGCAUACAUGUUGAGAAUAGUACAUUCAAUUAUUUGUUGAAAUUUGUUUUUAUCCAAAUAUGAUAAAAUUUAGUAUUUUUCUUGUAUUCAGAUUGACUCAAGCUUGUGAACAUUUCAUAUUUUUCAAGUUUUUCAGAAUACAUGUACGGGGUAUUUAAAGAGCUAUAUGCCAGCCUUCUUUCUAUCAGCAUCUUCAGAUAUUUCAUAUUAAAGAGAUGGUUACAUGGUACAUGUAUGUACAUUAUGAUGCUGUCAUAAAUUUAUUAAAUAAAUUAUAGCUGAAAUUCAUUUCAAUUUGUAUACUCAAUUGUUUAUUGUUGAGUUUAAGAACCAAUGUUUAAUUUGUUCCUGUUAUUAUUCUCAGGAGAAUUCUUUCUCUACAAUGCAGCCGAAAGUGCUUGAAAUAAAAAUUAGAAAAUUAACCAGUACCAGCUCAAUACUUCAAUGAUAUUGAAUUUUGUUUUAAUAUUUUGCAAAAUGUCAAGCACUUUAAGUGUCCAUAGGACUGCCUAUCCUACCUGUAUCUUCCAGUGCCUUUGUUUGGUUCCACUACACUUGCAUCUUGCGAGAUUUGCAGAGCUUUCUGUCUUGAGAGCGGGUUUGUGUAUUACAAUUUUGUUGAUCUUUUUAAUAAAUCAUGCAGCCUGC